CGACUAAGUCCGCAAGGGGAUCUUCUUCUAAGAAGACUGACACCGAUUAUGUAAUGGAAGAGAAGGAUGGACAUAGGAUUGAAGGAGAGGAAGUCAUACUUUCGCCGCGCAAGCGUGGAACCCGGAAGUUCACUAUGAAGAGCACCCUGGACGAUAUCAAUACAGUGAAGCCUCUCAGACGGGCGCUUAGGCAACCGAUGCAGUGCACGAUACUUGAGUACUUGGCGGCCUCGAGACCUGCGCGGGAUGAGCUACAGAUGAUCAUGCGCAAGACGCACAUUCUUUUGGGAGACGAAGUCCAGAUGACUUCCAAACCAGAGGUUCCCUCUGUGGCGGUAUCGGGAGUGUGCGCAAAGGCAGAAUGCGCAGCGAUAGUGUAUUUAGAUGGGAUGGAAGGUGUGCCUCCUGACAAGUUUUACAUUUUAGGGAGUGGGACAAUGGAGACCAUUCUCAAUUACGAGGUAGUCCUCCAUGGGGUGAUUGAUAAUGGCAGCGAAGCUGUCAUCAUAGAUGAGGACUCGCUAUGCGAUUAGGGUUGGACCUCGACAGGUCUUACCUGUUCGAGAUAAAGACAACCGAUGGAA